UUACAGUGCAACUAAUACAUUAAAUCAGCAAUUGUGACAGCUUACUAAGAUUUACAGUGCAGAUGUAAAUCAAAAUAAGUCUUUAUAGCAUUAAUAACAUAAUCUUCUCACAAUGCUCGCAAAGCAUGACGUAAAGAUCGCCGUUCCGACGAUUACAACCGCACAGUGAUAUUUCUACUAGUUAAUAGAUUUCGAGUUUGGAAUGAUGAUGACGUGCCGACACACACAUAACGCAAGAAGAGUACUGCAACGUCUCGCGUCUCGAAUAGAAAUGAAAGGACGCGAAAAACAUGAAAGCGCGACUUUACAAUUGCGCUUGCGUCGAUCGAACGGAGAGAGAAAUAUGCAUAUACUGAGAAAACAGAUAAUCGGUUCACGCAAGUAAUAAUGUUUACCCGAUGAGGGUUAUAGAUACUAUAUACUAGCCAACACUAGAACACUAGCCAAAUAUGUGUAUCCAAAGCUAUAAUUUGUAUGAUUAUUUUAAGCUAUAAGUAUUCUAUCGUAAUUUUGCGCGAGUUCAAUAGUUUAUUUGAGUACAUAAAAGUAACAAAUUAUAAACUGCAAUCAAACAUACCGAACGUACGAGAUAACUCGUGGAAAAAAAUUCGACACAAACGCGUUAUGACACUAGCACUGAAAUGGCAAGAUUGUCCUGUGAACGCUUACUAUAAAAAUAAUCGAAUUUUAUUACUAUGUGUCGGCUUAUGGCCGUAUCAAAAGUCUAUCUCCAGAUAUAUCGCAAUAACAUUAACGACGAUAAUACUUGUAUCGAGCGUAAUAUUUCAGUUAACGACUUUCAUCACAACAGAAUAUAAUAUAGACAUUCUUCUACAUGUUCUCGCGUAUAGUGUCCCAUGGCUAGCCUAUACAUUAAAAUAUAAUGUUCUCUGUUUAAACAUAAAACGGAUGCAAGCCCUUAUGGAACGAAUUCUUUGUGAUUGGAAUGAGUUAAAUGACGCGCAAGAAAUUGAAAUAAUAAAAGAAUACGCAGAUAUCGGAAGAUUUAUCACAUUGAUUACAAUAUUAUUCAUCUAUGUAUCUAUUUUUUCCUGCAUUCUGACACAAUUUCUAUCGAACUUUCUUCUGGACAUCAUAUCCAGUAGAAAUGAAUCACGUUCACGACAACUUCCGAUCCUAGUAGAAUGUUUUAUAGAUCAGCAAAAGUAUUUUUUUCCAAUUUUGUUGCUAGUAUGUCUUGUUGUCCUGUGCGGUCUAACCACAGUGGCAGCUACCGAAACACUUAAUAUGUCAUACACACAUCAUGCGUGCGGUUUAUUUGAAAUAGCCAGCUGUCGCAUAGAACAAGCAUUGCUCAAAAAUACGGUAGAAGGUAUUGCAUCUUCUACCGAAAGAAAUUCGAUGAUAUGUCAAAGGAUAAUCAACGGCUUUAAUAUGUACAAAAAAGCAAUCGAGUUUAUCGAAAUAUUAAAGAGAAGUUAUACAUGGGCAUAUUCAGUCUUAUUGCCUCUAGGAGUACUAUCGCUGAGUAUUAAUCUUUAUCGCCUUUCUCGAUUGAUAAUAUCCAAAGAAUAUUAUGAGAUGAUCGUUAGUUUUCUUUUCAUCCUUGGCCACUUUUGGUACAUGUUUUUCUGCAACUACUUGGGACAGAAAGUAAUCGAUCAUAGCAGUGAUGUUUUUCACAGAAUAUACAACGUGCAAUGGUACCUAGCUCCGUUGAGAGCGCAGAAGUUAUUGAUGCUUAUGAUGCAAAGGAGCAUGCGACAUUGCACUCUCGUCAUUGAUGGGUUAUUCAUUCCGUCAUUUGAGGGAUUUGCCACGCAUUAGUAACAUAAUCUUCACAAUGCUUGCCAAGUAUGACGCACAUAUUGAAAUUCCAACGAUUAUAACCGCACAGUGAUCUUCCUAGUCAAUGGAUUUCUAAUUUGUGGAAUAAUGUUAAUGUGCUGGCACACACAUGUCACAUGGCAAGAAAAGUACUGCAACGUCGCGCGUCUCGAAUAGAAAUGAAGAGACGCGAGAGAGACAUGAAUGCGCGAAGUUACCAUUGCGCUUGCGUCGAUCGAACGCUUGAGAGAAAUGCACAUGGCUGAGAAUACAGAUAAUCGG